CUCGCUCUCUCGCUGGUCCCAGCAAGCACCGACCGCCAGCCAGCUGGGAUCUGGCUGCUGCAGCCGCCGUGCCCGUGUCCUCCCUUGCUGGGACUUUCGGAGCAAGCCGCCAAGUUGAAGCUCGGCUCUGUGCACGGGGUGUCUGUGCUGGGGCAGGCGCCUGAGCUCCCGGCUGAUGCAGCCACCACCAGCAGCUUUUUCCCAGACUGGCCACUUGUCUCCACUUUAUGAUGUCUUUCUGUGAGUAGAUCAGAUACCUCCAUGAACGUAACAAAUGUAUCAGGAAAUGGCAUUGCUCACUGGGAACGCAGAUCCUAAGUUCACUUCGUAUUCCUACAACAAUUUGGAAAACCUGUGCGAGGUGCAGACCAAGAAAGGGUUCUUCUUCAAAAAAGCCAAGCUUCUUCACCCUGGGGAAGACUUGUGCUGCUUGGCCCAUCUAGAGGACCGAACCAGGCAUGUGAUCAUCAAUGUAGGUGGCAUUAAAUACAGGAUUCCGUGGACCACACUGGAGAACUGCCCUUUGACCAGGCUUGAAAAACUGAAAUCUUGUAACAACUAUGAUGAGAUCAUGGACAUCUGUGAUGAUUAUGAUGUCAGCUGCAAUGAGUUUUUUUUCGACCGUAACCCUUGUGCCUUCAGGACCAUCAUGACUUUCCUGACAGCUGGGAAGCUGAGGCUUCUAAGGGAGAUGUGUGCUCUCUCUUUCCAAGAGGAGCUCGUGUAUUGGGGGAUAGAAGAGGAACACCUGGAGUGGUGCUGUAAGAAAAGAUUACGACAGAAGGAGGAGGAGGCAGCUGAGGCCAUGCUGUAUGAGAGGGAGAUGAUGGUUAAUGAAACUCCGCAAUGUGCCUUCCAGGACAAUAGCCGUUCGGGUUUGUGCAUGAGAAAGCUCAGGGAUAUGGUGGAGAACCCUCACUCAGGGAUCCCAGGAAAGAUCUUUGCUUGUAUAUCAGUCUCCUUUGUGGCCAUCACUGCAGUGAGUCUCUGUAUCAGCACCAUGCCAGAUCUCCAAGAAGAGGAAGAGCGGGGUGAAUGUUCUCAGAAGUGCUACGACAUCUUUGUGUUGGAGACGAUUUGCGUUGCUUGGUUUUCCUUUGAGUUCCUCCUGCGCUCCAUUCAGGCAGAAAGCAAGUGCGCCUUCCUGAAGACCCCCCUCAACAUCAUCGACAUUUUAGCCAUUUUGCCUUUCUACAUCUCUCUGAUAGUGGAUAUGGUCUCUGCCAAAAACAGCAAUAGGAAGCCUGGCAGUGGAGCAGGAAACAAGUACUUUGAGCGAGUGGGCCUGGUUCUACGCUUCUUGCGGGCUCUCCGCAUCCUGUACGUCAUGAGGCUGGCACGCCAUUCACUGGGACUGCAGACACUGGGGCUCACUGUGCGCCGCUGCACCAGGGAAUUUGGACUCCUCCUCCUCUUCCUUUGUGUUGCCAUGGCCCUCUUUUCUCCACUGGUUUAUCUGGCAGAGAGCGAACUUGGAGCCAAGCAAGAAUUCACUAGCAUUCCCACCAGCUAUUGGUGGGCUGUAAUCUCCAUGACAACUGUAGGCUAUGGAGACAUGGUACCUCGGAGCAUCCCAGGACAGGUAGUAGCCCUGAGCAGUAUCUUGAGUGGUAUUUUGCUGAUGGCUUUUCCAGUCACUUCCAUCUUUCACACUUUUUCCCGCUCCUACACAGAGCUAAAGGAACAGCAGCAGCGAGCUGCAAGCAGACAGUUGCACCAGCUAGAGGAAACCACCAGAUCCCCAAAUAGUGACAGUUCUCAGGGACUGGGUACCUCCUCCCCACUAGACACAGCUGGGGCGUGGCGUCAGCCAGCAGUGAACCUGGAAGACAAGAGGAGGUGUUGACUGCAACAACUAAAAGAUUUAGCCAGCAGCACUGAACUAGCAAAUGAGAGAGUUCCAGAUCUGAAACAAAACUCUAUGGAAUGAACAUAAAUCAGGGUAUACAGUAAGACCUGUGCAAGAGACUGUCCUUCUUGAGUAACUAAAAACAACAUGGAGUACUGUUCUGCUCCCUCUUUUGUAGAAGGCUGCUUUCAUUAAGCAACUGAUUUUGGGCAGCCCCCAAGGAGCAGUUGCUUAAGCCAGGUUUCCACUGUGUCUGCUAACAAGAAAAAAUAAAUUUGGAGAGAGAAUUCAUCGUAAGGGCCCAUUGCCAGGGGAAAUAAGAGUGCCAUUUACUGUACAUAAGCUUCCUGGCAGCCCUACUCUGUGCUGAGAAUGUCCCAAAACCCUUAUUCCCUGUGCACAACGCAUUCAAUCUAUGUGGCACCUCCAUGGGGUGCACAUCUCAAAAUGUAAAGGGGAAAGUUGAAAGAUGGGGGAGAGAGGCCUGCCUUGGCCGGCAGAACGGCAGAUUUAUCCCCAUUCCCUGGUCUUUUAAUAAAUAGUGAUUAUUUAUUUAUUUAUUAAAUUGGGAACCAUAAUCUGGGCCGCCUGCUGACAGGUCUGACUCGUGCUCUUGCUCUUUAUGCGUUAUUUAGUAAACAUGCAUAUCUACAAUAGUAGGCUUUGCACCUUAGCCCUGAUGACAGAACUAUACAUGGACAGCCUUUUUAAUAAUACUGAACGUCAACUUCUUUUCCUUUGCUCAUAUUUGCAUAUGGCUUAAAAAAUGUGUUCCUCUGUUAGCUGCCUCCUUCCUGUGUUUUAAAGACUGUUUAACAUUUAAGCAAAAAUUAAAAGCACCUGCCCAGUAGGGGUAGCCUUAUGGUAAGGCAGGAUGGGAAUAGUUGCAGACACUCAUGUCUGUAGUUUUCUGCAGUUGUACUUUGAAGACUGCAGCUCUAUACAAAGGGCUUGAUCCAAACCCAUUAAGUCAAUGGGAGACUUUCCAUGGACUUUGGGGAUCAAGCCCCAAAGCAGCAGCUGUCCCACGUUAGGGAAUAAUCUUGGGAAGAGAUGAUCUUCUCAGACCCAGGUUACAACUGUCCAUCCCUCCCUUCCCCCUAGUUUUCAUUCCAAAAGAUCACUGCAUUUACACAAAAAGUCUGUGCCACAAAAACUCAACCAUUUUUUGUUUACUCAAUCAAAAUUUUCAUAUCAUGAGCAUCUGGGAGCUCUCUGCCCCAUGCUGCUCCUUCUUUGCUGUGUAGCUAGUUCAGUUCAGCGUGUAGCGUACAGCUGGAUGGAUUCCUAAUACUGGGUAUCAUUUAAGAAAAACAGCAUUGAUGGGCACCUCAUUCUUUACUGAUGUAGGAACAUUGCACUGCCCUUUUCUGUUCCACCCCAGCUGUCAGGAAAUGAACAAAUACUCGUAUAUUACAGAUGUUUUUUUUUUCCCCAAUGGAGACAAGAAUAACCCUACAUUAGAAGAUGACUGUAGUAAGCCAUUCCUCAAAGGAAUGGACUGAAAGACAUAAAAGGUUGUUUUAUUUUAAUAAAAACUGGAAGUUUUGUUCCUG